AAAGCGUCGCGAUGAUCCGAAUGGAAAAGUAUUAAAUAGAAAAUAAAAAAUACGAACAAAAUUCGCGUAGGUAAUCAAUUAAUAUUAUUGUGCGUAAUUCUUCAGAUAUGCAAGAUGUGCUAAAGUGGAAUUAGUGAUUAAAAACCUAGUUGAUAAAAUGAGUAAUCCAAAAAUGGGCUCUAUCGUGCUGAAAUCGUUAUCGAUUUUGUUAGGUUUGUUUUUCAUUUUUGUUGGAUUUAUAAAAAUUUCUAGUGCCCUUUCUAAAGAACUUCACAAAGAUUUGAGAAAAGAGUAUGUGAAGUAUGCGAAAGUCUUUCCGUUCUCGGAGAUGUUGGAUUUCAAAAUUCCAUCAAAAUGGUAUAGGAGAACUGUUGGUGGAUUAGAAAUUCUUUGUGGUAGUGCAAUGGCUUUUUGGCCAAAUCAUAAAAUUAAAAACCUGUCCAACAUCAUACUUCUCAUGUUAACAUUGAUGGCUGUCUACUCCCAUUAUAUGGUAGCAGAUAAGCUCGAGAGGACGGCACCGGCGUUAGUCUUUCUUUUCAUGUUAAGCGGUCGAUUGGUGGUAUUCUUCCAACUUCAUAAACGAGAACAAGAUCAACGCGAGCCCAUCGCAAAUGGAUUCAAACAGGAAUAGAAAUUAGUAUAAGUAAAAUUUGGAAUUGGGUUUAAAUUUUUCUUAUUCGUUUUUCGACAACUUUAUAUUUUAAAACAAAUAUAACUGAGAAUAAAAGAAGUAAAACAUAUUUUUAAUAGAAAAUUUUGCAUUAAAAAAUUACGAGAAGAAAAAGGAGAAUCAAAACACUCCUUCAAAAAGACACACAAUAGAUUUUCAUCUUUCUCGUCAGUAUCUAGCUUAAAACUUAGCGACAUUUUCGUCGUACUGGAGGAGGAAAAUACCCAAACUCUUGUUGUCAUGCACUUAUGUUUACAUUUUUAUUUUAAACGGCAUAAUUUCGUAAAGGCCGCUUGAUAUGAUGCAAUACAACUUGUAGUACAAUGUAAGACGUAAUAUUUCUUGAUCAAAAGCAUGAAGAUGAGCCGACUUUCGUAAAACUUCGUUAUUUUCAUUGAUGUACAAAAUAUUAGUAAAAAUUUGAGGUUAGGAAUUUGUUUACUGUUACUGUUUACAGAGACUUGCAUGCAAUUUCUUGCACGUUAUAUUGCAUUAUGUCAAGCGGCCUUAAAGAUACUUCGAGAAACUUGAAUAAACUGUAAGGUAAUGACAGAAGGACGGCUAUUGCGCUCUCUAAUCUACAUUAUAAAAA